AUGAGAUGUAUUGGUUUGACUGAUUUAGCAUUAGAUUUCAGAUUGAGGGUGCCCAAGGAAGGCUUAAAUAUUUGGGAUGGGUUUACUCAUCGAUAUCCAACUAAGGGAAAAGAUAAAUCAACCGGAGAUAUCGCUGCUGGCUCUUACUUGCAUUAUAAGGCAGAUAUAGACGUGAUGAAAGAAAUUGGGGUCGAUGCCUACAGAUUCUCAGUCGCAUGGUCCAGAAUCAUACCAAGAGGAAAGGCUAGUUGCGGUGUAAAUGAAGAAGGAAUUGGUUACUACAACAAUCUCAUAAAUGGACUUGUAUCGAAAGGCAUUAAGCCAUUCGUCACACUCUUCCACUGCGACCUUCCUCAAACUUUGCAAGAUGAAUAUGAAGGUUUCUUGGACCAUCAGAUUAUCGAGGACUUCAAAAGUUACACGGAAAUUUGUUUUCAAAGAUUUGGUGACAGAGUCAAGAACUGGAUUACGAUAAAUCAACCUUACACUAUUCCUACACGAGGCUAUGCAACUGGUACAGACGCACCUGGACGAUGCUCUGCUUGGCUCAACAAAAACUGUUAUGCAGGCGACUCCGCGACUGAGCCUUAUAUUGUUGCGCAUCAUGUCCUACUUGCUCAUGCAACUGUCGUGAAUCUGUACAGACAAAAGUAUCAGCUAAUUCAAGCAGGGGAAAUUGGAAUCACAAUGAUAACGAGAUGGUUUCUUCCAUACAAUAACUCCGACGAAAAUCUUAAAGCAGUUGAACGAGCCAAAGAGUUUUUCCACGGAUGGUUUAUGGAUCCGCUAACAAAGGGACACUAUCCAUUAAUCAUGAAGCAAAUAUUGAAAGAGAGACUUCCACGGUUUACAGCAAUUGAAGCGUUACUAGUAAAAGGAUCAUAUGAUUUUAUUGGAGUCAACUAUUACAUGACACAGUUUGCAAAAGCUGUUCCACCAGCUAAUCCUAAUAGAUUAAGUGUCAUGACGGAUUCACAAGUUGACCUUUCUUAUGUUAAUGAAGACGGUCCCAUAAGUCGAUGCCCAUUUGGAGAUGUCUACUACCGUCCAAGAGGUAUAUUAGAUGUACUAGAGUACUUCAAGACCAACUAUGGCAAUCCCAAAGUUUAUAUAACGGAAAACGGCUUUCGAAGUCUUGAUAGCAAUCGGUUGGCCGAUGAAAUCAAGAACGAUAAUGAGAGAAUUGGAUUUAUAUGCAGUCAUCUUUGUUUUAUUCGAUCAGCUAUCGAGAAUGGCUGUCAAGUGAAGGGAUAUUUUGUUUGGUCUCUAGGAGAUAAUUAUGAAUUCUGUGAUGGCUACACAGUCAGAUGUGGAUUGACGUAUAUUGACUUUGCUAACAUUACACAUGAUAGAGAUCUGAAAUCUUCAGGAAAAUGGUACCAAGAGUUUUUGAAGCCAAAGCAAAAUGUUAUCACAAAAGUGCAAGAUUAUCACUCGCAACGUUUUCUGUAUGAUUCAUAUACACAUCCCCAAUCGAGAGAUACACUAGCACACACUGCAAGACAUAAAUGCCAGUGUCCUGUUGCAACCACGUCAAUUUGUACAGAAUGUGAUGCGGUUUAUUCUUAA